GCCCUUUUAAAAUGUAAAGCGGUUUAGCAGAGGAAAUGUACACCGUGAGGUGAGAAGACCCAGUGUCUGGUUCGAGCCGUUUCCCCCCCACACGAAUUAGACCAUCAUCAUGGGUGUAUAGUUGUUCCCAAGGGGUUGGCACGCCGAUGGUAUCUCACCCUUAACAACCAACCUAUCUCAGUCACAGAAUUGCUCUGCUACCCUAACAGGACGAGAACAUAUGCGCUCUGUACGCCAUGGAAGCCACAAAUACUACGUCCAGUUGUUAAAUCAACCGGUGUUUUAUGUACAUAACGCCCUCUACCCUUCCAAUAGCAAGAGUGGAACAGAAAGUCUAAUCUUUAAAAAAUUCUUUGUAUAAGAGAACGGAGUGUAGGUCUUACUUUCAAACUGCACGUGGAAAGUUAUCUUCGCAGUCAGGUUAAGUCUGAAAGCAUUGGGUUUGAUAAAAAGCCAGGAGGAACUUGAAGUAUUCCUGCUUGUUGAAAGUCUCUGGCCAUUCGCCUGUGGAUUUGUACAGAGAAUCUAACAGCGUAUAGCAGCAUUAUCUGCUCGCCCCUGCGUCUGCACAGCUCACCGACAUAUCUACGCUACCAGCCUAAUGAGCGAGUAACAUGUAGGUAGAUGAGUACGCUUAAGCCACGUCUCGGGAACCAACGACCAGCAAAGACGUACAUACGGCUGUCCGUCCGUCGUACAUGUUCUCAGUUCCGCUGUGUUACAACUCUUGUACCAUCAACUCUGUGGAAGAGGCUUAGACGAAAGAGUGCGAGCUGCCUCUAAGAAGGCAGCAAUAUUAUCGACGCCUUGUGUUACUGUCUGUGUACUGCUUGUGUUUAACGGUGACCCGACAGGAUGGCUGUUUACGCUGUAGUUCAGUAGCUCCAUGAUACAUCGUCCACCUCUGGGUCUCCACCAUAGGUAUAGGGGCUAACCACGGGGUAACGCGGCAAACACCCAUCAUACCAAGGCGAGAAGACAAACGGGCCUGUUGGGAAGGACAGGGGGUUUGUUUAUACCAAGUGCACGUACGCAGCAGGGCACAGCAACAAAAACUUACGCAAUUGGAGGCGGCCGGAGCCUGUCUUACGUGAGGGUCCAUGGCUCAACGGUAUGAGAAUGACCUCCCUCACUACGGGAGUAUGGACAAUCACACGGGGAUGUACGACCCUCACCGGGGUAGUGUAGCUAGCCACCCGGGCUUGGGACAUAGCACCCUAAACCAUUCUAGUAUCCAUCAGUACCCGCCUUAUACGUCCCCGAGCAAUAUGCCGGCAGUUAUGAAUUCCUCAUCACAGGACAGCCAGCUAAAAAGGGAUAAGGACUCAGUUUACGGGCACCCACUGUUUCCGCUUCUAGCUUUAAUAUUUGAGAAAUGUGAAUUGGCGACAUGCACCCCACGGGAGCCGGGUGUGGCCGGGGGAGACGUUUGUUCGUCUGAAUCUUUCAAUGAAGACAUAGCCGUUUUUUCCAAGCAAGUACUAGCACGAUCGGACAAGCCUUUAUUUUCGGCUAACCACGAAUUGGAUAGUUUGAUGAUACAGGCUAUUCAAGUCUUACGGUUCCAUCUAUUGGAAUUGGAAAAGGUGCACGAACUGUGUGACAAUUUCUGCCAUCGGUAUAUUAGUUGUUUGAAAGGCAAAAUGCCUAUAGAUUUAGUCAUCGAUGACAGGGAAGGGAGUACGGGAACGCCCGGCAAAACUAGCCUGGACGGUACGCCGCCCGACCCCUCGGAUGCCACCGAUCAGAGACCUCCCUCACAAAGUUUGAGUUUCAAUCAGCAGGAGGAUACCCAGUCUUCACGAUCAGGGGAUACCCCCAUACCCACUAGUCAAUCCAAUACAAACUCCUCACAAAAUGUAGACAAUGGUAGUGAAGCAGACUGGCUGGAGGUGUCUGUAUCAACUCCAGGCGAUGGCUUGGACAAUAGUGUAGGUUCUGGGGAAGGCACAGCAGAUGAAGAUACAGAUGAACGAAAUCCAAAACGACAGAAAAAACGGGGCAUUUUUCCAAAAGUAGCCACCAACAUAAUGAGAGCAUGGCUUUUUCAACAUUUAACACAUCCAUACCCCACCGAAGAACAAAAGAAACAGUUAGCACAAGAAACGGGACUUACAAUUUUACAAGUUAAUAAUUGGUUCAUUAAUGCAAGACGAAGGAUAGUUCAACCUAUGAUUGACCAAUCAAAUCGUGCAGGUCCAGGUCAUGGUGGUUACAGCCCGGACGGAACCGGAAUGGCCUAUAUGACUGACAAUCAGCAGAUGCACAUGCGGCCCCCUGGUGCCCCAGGCAUGCACGGUCCUGACAUGUACGAUCCUAUGAAGGCUGGCUAUUCACACAUGGCCGACGCCACACAGCGAGGCUACGACAUGCUUGGGAUGGGAAUGCACGGUCCAGAUAUGUACGGGUCUCCGCCUGUUAGCAGUUCUUACUCUCAGAUGUCCCAGCUUCGGCCACCCGUUCAUUCACAAACCAUGUUAAUACCGGGCCAUCCCCAUCAUAUGAUGAUGGGCCACGGGACUGCAGGCAUGGGUCACCACGGUAUGACGGCACAAAGCCCUCCUCUUCACGGCAGCAUGGAUGGCAUGUCCCAACAUAUACAAGACAUUCAUGCCGGCUAACCGAGCCGUCUUUUUCACCUCAGUUUGGAGGAAUUCUGACUUCACAAAAACCAGGCAAACCAAACAUGUAGUGUAACUACAUCACUACCACUUGUCCAGUCCAAACUAUAGUGGUUUAUUAGGGGAAUCCAAUUCCCACUUCUUCUGUUCUGAAGAUUUCAGAGGCCCGCCAUUGUGGACGGCGUCUGGACAGCGAACGGACGGCCUGCGGGGCUGCACGGACAGUGUUCAGGUUGGGACUGCGGCUGUCCAUUGUAGACAUCACCACCUCCCUCACCGCCGCCUGCACAUCCGGGCUGUGUGGAUAACGAGAAGCUGUAUAUAAUCCAGCUGUAUUUACCCUGUCUGUCUUUCUGUUUGCGUCCAUAUCCUAGUCAUAUAUGGAAUGGUUAGCUAGGGGAACACGUUGUACGUCCCCUGACAGCGUGGAAAGUUUGUCCUGUGAUCCAGCGAUCUGAACUGUUGACAGCGGAACCACGCGGACGUGUGUGUGAGACUGUGUGCCCGCUCUGCCGAUCAGUAAUGACUUGUCUUCGCAACGGAACCAGGUGUUCCGCAAAGGCAUAGUGCAUUCCAGGUACCCAUGGAAGAAUCAUUGUUCUGUAAGCCGGGCAGAGCAUGUCACUGAACUGUCGGGGACACGCUUCCUAGCGCCGAAAAGAGACGACAAAGUAAGACCAUUGACUUACCUCAGUGCUCAGUUGAAAACUCCUGUCGGCCAAAGGUUGGGUUAAAAGGACGAAAAUAAACUAUCCCAACGGGCAAGAUGAAAACAAAAAUCGUCCGGGUCCCCUUACCAUUGGGAAGGGUGUGUAUUUAGCAUCGCCCAUGUUAAUGGUUGAAGACUCUGGUUUUACAAGGAGUUGUAUCCGAAGACAGAAUACAGUUGACAGUUAUGGUAUGAUACCUUUGUGAAAGGCCGACAAGGGGAGAAACUGUUGUCGCCCAUUUAAUCUCCAUAUUGGGAUAUAUUAUUAACGAGAAACUGUAAACUUGAUGUACAACGUGUGGGCAUAUUGCGAUUCAGGGACUGGUGAUGUGAAUGUUAUCACUCAACAAACUGUCUUGGCACAUAGUUGGAUUCUAGAGGUACCCGACCACACUAAUGACGUCAUAGACACGACUGGUGACGUCAUACAGCGGGUCGUACGAUGACUUAUUUUCUGCUGGAUUCAAAUCUGCCGUCUUGUGCGUGUGUGAGAGUGUGUAACUUUUUUUUGGGAAUUUCAGUUGUUGUUUAUGUGUUGACAAUCGUUAUUUUGAUUGGCUGGAGAUAUGUGUGAAUGGUGAUUUAAGCUGAUCUCAGACAGCUGAAGUGGCCUGUUGUCGACAGGUACUCCUGUCUCUGCUCAGUUGUCAAAUAAUCAUUUUCAAACGGUUUCAAAUAACAGAGGUUAGUUUGUGUAUUAUAAUGAAAAAGUAUAACGAAAAAUUGGUAUCCAGGGUUUUUCUGGGUUGUUUAUGAAGGCGGUGAAUAUUGUUCUGUAUUUUAUUUAAAGCGAAUCAACAGGAUAGGGUGUGUAAAUGCAUUGUACAGUUGGUUUUGUAAGAGAAUAAAAAUGGCUUUGUGUAUUAUUUGUCCUAGCUAUUACCUCAAAGAAAAUAUAAAGAUGCCGUCAUCUGUCAGUUUACGGCAAAGUAUAGUUCCACGUUUGUCUCCAACAUGGAGCUUCCAUGAUGUACGUGUACAUAAAACACACGAACUAGACCAUUCCGACUUCUUUGACUUGUUUUUCUGAUUGUUAGAGUUUUCCACCUCGUGGAUGUCCCAGAUUUGGACAAGACGAGCUUGAUUGUCCUGUGUUUAAAUGAUG